CCCCAUUUUCUCAACAGGGACGACUCGUCUCUAUGGAUAAACCCAACCCCCACUCCGAUGCUUGUUGAGAUCUGCGGCCCAGAAACCGCAAUUCCUCCAUCGCGCGACCCUAAUUUUAUUGUUCCGAUCGUCUAUCGGGUUGCCCAGUUCCGUGAAUUUCGUGAUCUCGGUUCUUGAUCGGCGGAGCUGGACAAUUUUGCAAUCGCGAUUCUUCUCGAAGUGUUAGAGAAGUGGGUUCACAGCAUAUCAUGUCUAAUCAAGGGGAUGAUGCUGAUUACAUGGCCGAUGAGUAUGAAAUGGACGACGUGGAUGAUAUGGAAUAUGAGUUUCAUGGCAGAGAAGUGGCGGGUUCAGACUCAGAUGUGGAUGAAUAUGACUACAUGAACAAUAAAAUGCAAGACACGUCUGCUGCUGAGGCCAGGAGAGGGAAAGACAUACAAGGGAUUCCUUGGGAUAGACUUAGCAUAACCAGGGAGAAAUAUAGAAAGACUAGACUUGAGCAGUACAAGAACUAUGAGAAUAUUCCUCAAUCUGGUGAUAUAUCAGAGAAAGAAUGUAAAUCCACAGAAAAGGGGAAUUGUUAUUAUGAGUUUAGGCGUAAUUCAAGAUCUGUAAAGUCGACAAUUUUACACUUCCAGUUGAGGAAUUUAGUAUGGGCAACUUCAAAACAUGAUGUCUAUCUGAUGUCACAUUUCUCCAUUAUUCAUUGGUCUUCUUUGAGUUGCACCAAGAGUGAAGUUCUCAAUGUCUCGGGACAUGUAGCACCAUCGGAGAAACAUCCCGGAAGCUUAUUGGAAGGCUUCACGCAGACUCAAGUCAGCACUUUAGCUGUGAAGGAUAAUCUUCUUGUUGCUGGUGGGUUUCAAGGAGAGCUUAUUUGCAAGUAUUUAGACAGGCCUGGAAUUUGCUUCUGUUCCCGCACAACAUAUGAUGAUAAUGCCAUAACUAAUGCUGUUGAGAUACACAACUCUCCCAGUGGUGCAGUUCAUUUCAUAGCAUCAAAUAAUGAUUCCGGAGUACGAGCUUUUGAUAUGGAGAAGUUUCAACUGUCUAAGCAUUUCCGGUUUCCGUGGCCCGUUAACCACACAGCUUUGAGCCCAGAUGGUAAGCUGCUUGUUAUUGUUGGAGAUAACCCCAGUGGUCUGCUAGUUGAUUCUAGAAGUGGAAAGGUUGUUGCACCUCUGGAAGGGCACUUGGACUACUCAUUUGCAUCAUCAUGGCACCCCGACGGUGUGACAUUUGCAACCGGAAACCAGGACAGGACCUGCAGAGUUUGGGACGUGCGCAACUUGUCCAAGUCAGUAUGUGCUUUGAAGGGCAACCUGGGAGCCAUUCGGUCCAUUCGGUACUCAUCCGACGGGAGAUUCAUGGCCAUGGCGGAGCCCGCGGACUUUGUUCAUGUCUUUGACGUGAAGAGCGGGUACGCAAAGGAGCAGGAGAUUGACUUCUUUGGUGAGAUAUCGGGCAUGUCAUUCAGCCCGGACACGGAGUCCCUUUUCAUUGGGGUUUGGGAUCGCACGUACGGAAGCCUCCUAGAGUUUGGACGCCGUCGUAACUACUCCUACUUAGAUGCCUUCCUCUAAUAGCAAUAAAAGAAACAAACACUCAAAACACAAACACAGCCAUGACCAUUUCUGUGGAGGGUUCGAUUCGAUUCGCGUCCAUUGGUGGCAAAUGGGUGUGUGCCCGAACCACAUCGGCCUAUAUAGUACUCCAUCAUGCACCACAAAUAGGAGGGAGACUCUUCAGCUGUAAAAUUUCUCAUGUUGUGCUAUGUGGGCUUUUUCUUUCUUCUUUUCUUCUUUUUUUUUCUCUUUGAAAUGAAAUUGUUGUGACAUUUUCCAUAAAUGUAGAAUGGGAGGAAUGUAUAGAAGGCCAGAAGAAAAGGAAGAGGGCAUAAAAAAGUGAUGGGUGGGGGGGGGUGGACUUGUCACAUUUGUCUGAGACUUUGUUGGCAACUUUGUACUGAUGAGUGAUGGAGUCUGCAUUCAUUCACUCCAAUUUGCAUUAGUGUGUGCAUUCAUUAUAUAUAACCUCAGUAGUUUUGUUAGAGCAUAAAAUAUUUUAGUUCCAAUGUUGUAUUUGUUGGAAAAGUUGGUUUCUUGGUGUGGUUUUAUGUGCCAAAGGGAUUUUCUUGGUGUGGUUUUAUAAGGAUAAAGUUGGUUUCUUUGGUGUGCUUUGCUUAUGGGUCACCAAACUCUUGUUAAGGGGCAAAGUGGAAAUGUAUACAA